UGGCUCGCGCAGACUGUGUUCGGGCUCACCCACAGAGACCAGAACGCGGGGGUAUCACUCAGGGCAGCGCCCGGAAAACAAAACAAACAAACAAAGGCCGGGGCUCGUCGCCCUGAGGCUCGGAGUUAGAGUCGAGUCGGGCGUGUGACUGGAGCCCUGGCGGGGGCUGUGUGUGUGUGGGGCCUGGGAAAGGUGCCGUGGGCUGGCCCGGUGGUAUCGCCCGCAGCGUAGCGGGCGUUCGUUUGGGCGGGCGGUUCGAAGCGCCGGCUCCAGAGCGGAGGCCGCGCGGGUUCCGAGCUUACCGCGGCCUCAGGGGACGGGGUAGAAGGUGAGGCUGGGCUCGGCCCCCUGGGGUAUUGUCAUCACGCUCCUUGCCGUAACAUUGAAUCUGAGAAAUGGAGAGUGACAUUCUUCAAGUUUAUGAAGAUGAAAUUCAUUCUUUGGAAGAAGAAAUUGAACUGUUAACUCAAAAGUUUGAAAGCAAACAAGAAUCUACAUUUUAUUCUGAUGAAGAGAUACAAAUAUCAAUAAAAUCACUCCAAGGAGAAGCUAAACAACAUGAAUCCCUACCAGAUCUGAAAGCUGAACUUGAUUGUUUAGAAUCUGACCUCUCUUUUUUAAUGAAAUUUACUGGCAUUUGGUUCACAAAUUACUCCAAGGAAACAGUGGAAAAAACUGGAAACAAAACUAUACAGAAGCACAGAUUAUCAGGAAAUUGCUAUUCACUGCCUUUUCAGAUGGAAUUUCAACUUCUAGAAAUACAGCCUGGAGUGCAAGUUAAUUGCCAGGAUUAUAGUAAUGAAAGCAUAUCUGCUGCUGUUACUGACCUCAGCAUUAUAAUGGAAUGUGGUGAAUAUUCGGAUUUAAGCAAGUUUGUGUCCAGUGCCGAAGAACGAGGAAACCUUCUGCUGUUUUUCAGAAGCCUUUCAUCCUUUGCUGAGUGGUGUGAACAUCGCAAAUGCACCUUCAAACAUUUCAAGGCCAAAUAUCCUGAUAUUGUAACACUUCCUGAAGGACCGUCUGGAGAUUACCUGGUUAUAAGAAGCCCUGAACUUUCUGGGUUUGAGUUAAUGAUUGUUUGGAAAAUAUAUGUGGAUGAAGAAGGGAGAGUUACACCUGUCCUGGAUCUUCUGCCUAGAAUACCAGUGCAAGCCCUGCAGGAUAAGAAAGCAGCUAUUGAAAAUGGACCCCAGUGCUUCAGAAAUAUGCUCCUUUUGCUGGGGAUUGAGGCCUCCAUUGAAAGUCUGAUCAAAUCAGUUGGCAUGAAGAAAUGAAUACCACUUACAAAACUUAUAACUGGUAGAAAUUUGGAAAUUCUUUUAAUUAUGAUAUUGAGUUAUGCAGUCUAUAAUUUUAUUGAAUAUAAACAUUAAGUUAUUUUCCAUUUAAAAACCAUACCCAUAAAACAUGCUAUCUGUACAAUUAUGGCACGUUAUAUAUAAAUUGUCAUGACAUGAAAAAUAAAUACAGCAAUUUAAAUACAAAAAUGCCAAAUAAAA